CCUUGAGCCCAGCUCCAAGGGGGAGGCCGUGGUGGAGCGCCUCAUGCCCCCGCUCAACUUCGCCAUGGUCGAUCACGGCAUCUACAGACUACAGCUCUGGCUUCCCAGACACUGCUGACUUCCGUGAGGGUGGAGUCGAGGGUUUCGAUUGAUUGGUAGCGGAUUGCGGUUUCUUAAUAGGUGUGCCUUUGCCUGGACCCGUACCCAGUCGCGAACAUGGAGUUCCUUCGGGAAAACUGGAUUACUCUUUUCAAGAUUGAGAUCGAUGGCUCCAAGGAAGCCACUAUUCCAAAAAAUCGGAUUCGGGAGGCCCUAAAAUUGUUCUUAGUACAAAACAUUUGCAAACCAAGUUUCCUUAAAUCAUUAUUAGUUCCUGCUAUCUAUGUUCGUGCCACUCUAGUAUAUAAUAACUGCAGAUGUCAGCAAUCACCCACUCAUUCAUUGCAAACGUGGCAAGAAGAGGAAGGGUUGUGGGAUGCCAAAGAAAACUCCAACGCUGGUGCAUCGCUUCAACUAUUGAUGAAUACAAUUGCUAUGCGGCUGCAAAAGCAAGAGUUUCUGAUCAGAAUUUUAUCAGAGAAUUUGAUGUAACAAGCAUGGCCGAGUUCCUGCUUCAAGCCAACAAGACAAACUUUUCUACUGAUGAUGAGUCCCUGCUUCUUGGAAAUUAACCUGGAGCAAUAAUUCUUUCGCAGCAGUAAAGAAUUGGAGGACCCUUUUUCUCUGAGAGAGAGUUUCAUACUAAAUUCAAUUCUAUGUUCGUUUUCCUGUUUUUACAAAUCUCCUCGUGUUCGAUAACAAGCGGUUCAGGUGCCUUUUUUUUA